GAGAAGGUGCAGCGGCCGCUGAAAAGAAAUAUCUCCCGCGAUGUACAACUAUCGCAGUAGCAACACGGUUCUUCAUGCGAUGAACACAAACUUCUCCAGUCCCAGUGUUGUAGUAUCACGACUACCUUUACCUCCUUUUAGAUUUCGUGUUGUAUCUCUCUAGUGCUGCGGAACCCUCGUGCGGUAAGCUCGUCAUUCAAUUACGACAACGAGGGCACUUCCGUGCCGCCCUCCUUUUUGUUCGAAGCUAUGAGCCCCCCUCGUCGUCCGUACACGAGAUGCCGCCCAAAGAGCAGAAGUACACUACGCCGGCGGGCACUUCGGGAAGCCGAGGAGGCCGCUCGGCGACGAGCGCGCGAUCACCCCCCGCGGGAGCAAAACAUGCCCCGUUCGCGCAGCAGACCGAGAAAUGCAUCGCCCACCACACCAGAAGUUUUUUCCUACACCGCCGCCUCCGGUUUCGAGCGUCCUUCGUCUGAGAACCAGACUGCGCAAUCUGCGAAUCAUCCAACAGGAGGCACGGCAACGAGCAACACAGUAUCACGGGCUGUAGUAGAAAAUGUUGCUGCGCUGCUGCAAUUUGAACUUCAUCGUCCACACACACACAGCACCCGGUCAUAUCCAUUGUCGGCAGCUGCGAGCCAUUCUGUUUUUCGUGCAGAUGAUGCCGAUGCAAUUACGCGUAGCACGACGGUCACGCUUGCAGAUGCUACAAAGUCCGAGGGGAACAGCAAGAACGUGCAGCAGAUGUCCGGGCUUGCCGGGCGCUGGCGUGUGGAGCAUCCGGAGUGGCUGGAUUAUUCCCAAUCCGCUGCUUUGAAAAAGAUUGAGAUAGCGGAGAUCGGCGAGGAGGGCGUGUCUGUCCGAUUCCUCAGCGAGCCCGAUGAAUCAGAGUCGGGAGGAGCCGACAGCACAUUAUUAGGGACAGACGUGAACGAAACCAGCAAAACCUUGUCGACAACGUUAGUUGUCGGCCUACUCGCGUCCCGACGGUUAUGACACCCUCAGAAUGGAAAUCCUCAAAGUGGAAAUAAUUUGUGAUGCAUGAUGAAACGCGACACCAAAAAGACUGUAUUGCAGAGAACGCAAUGGAGGCCGACUACUGUGCUUCUACGGGUUCAGAAUUGGGCUGCUGAUUAGCAUGGGAGAAGGGCACCCCUUUGCCUAACUAGCAUGACAAACACGUUUUGAGUGCCCGGGAAAUUUGUCAUGCGCCGACUAUAAAUGGUGCUCGAACUGGCGUCGUUUUUUUGCAUUACAAAUUAUUUUCACUUUGAGGAUUUCCAACCUGAGUCCUGAGGCUUUCAUAACGGUGCAGUGAGUCUCGUGAUUUUACUCUGCGGAUUAACACAGGCGGGCCGCGGGACUGGAUUGCAACGCCUGUGUAUCAAAUGUAAAAAUGUCUGGGUCUGGAAGAAUGCAUGUUUGUCAUGCUUGUCUGGCAUGACUCUUAAAUCUGUCAUGCACGUUACCCAAGAGCUCCGUUUUUCUGUGAUGCAGAAACGCAGUUUGUCAUGCAGAAUAGGCAACACCUAGUAGAAGCUCAGAAACUUGUCAUGCUGAGCCAGCACUUCUGGCCUCAUCAUGAGACGCCACUCAGCAUCACAAGUUUCCAGACCCAGACAUUUUUACAUUUGAUACUGUGGGAGACGAAGCCAUAGAAAUUGAAGAAAUUGUGUGGUACUUGGAGCACGACCUUGAGAAGAAAGUUGUCUGGCGUCGCGAGCACAACUCGCAAAAAUCUAGCAGCUCCGCACCCACAAAUACCACCACGGUUGACCUCGUGAAUGACGCCGUCGCACAAACACUCGCAGCAGCGGAAAGGCAAACCCGUGAGGCGUUUGAAAUGUUGCGAGACGGUCUCAAGGCGGCGGAAAAGCGCGAAGUCGUGCCGACUUGCAAAAUUUGCCUGGAAAACCCAGUAUCCGUGCUGUUGCUGGGAUGUGGCCAUACCAUGUGUGCCGGUUGCGCCGAGAGGCAGUGUCAGCCGGGGAAAGCCUGUUUUAUCUGCAAGGCUGCGUACGAAGGGCGCCACAAGCUGUUUUUUUCGUGAAGAGGUGGCCCAUUCACCAGGUCAAUCGACUUGGACUAAGCUGCGGAAUGCACGAUCUAGCCGCGCGAACCAAUCAAUCGAGCACUACAACUUCGCCUUCCGUUUGCAUAUUAUAGUUAUGGUUUUUCUGAGGAACAAUCUUUUUGCUCCAGAUGGCGCCUGGCUACUUUUACUUCUCCAGCGUGAGACGGUCUUCCUCACUUCGUGCGUAUUCUCAUUCAUAAUUAAAAUGUUCACCUCAUUUCACAUCAUUUCCAAACAUCGGCACGGACGCAAAAUCGGUCACGUUCGCGUUCCUGGCAUUUUCGUAGUUCCCGUUUUCGUCCGCAGAAAAAGCGGACGAUGAAUGCCGAUGUCCUUGACUUCUGCAGCUGACUGACCACCACCUGGACGAAGACGAAGACGGU